GUCGGUUGCUACGAUUGGAGAGACUUGCUCAGCCUCCGGACCAGGUUAUCGCGUCUAGCGUUGAUACGACUAGACUCUCAGCCACUGUAUCGGCAGGGAGCAGAGGAGGAGACGGAUCGGGCCGCUGGGGAACCCUAACAACAGACGCUGUAUCUUCGGGAGCAAGAAUAGCGACAGUGUUAUAUAUAUAUUUCGGAUGUUAUACUGUUGCAGUCACGGGGAACCAUGAGGUAUUUGCUAUUGUUAGCCUUCCUUGUCCUGGCGCACAAAGGGUCCCUAGGAUUUCCGUACUUCAAGGAACGCAUUCCGAACGGCGGGCAAGUCCCUAGUCCAUGUAAUCCAAUGGAAAUUUGGAAGGGUGUAGGACACAAAAGUUCGGAUGGCGGUGACGACCGGAACCCAUUUGGGUUGGACUUCCUGAGACACGGAAAGACAUGGACCCGUGCCCUUUGCGAGAUGGACUCGGAUGGGGAUGGAAUGACCAAUGGUGAAGAGUUGGGUGACCCAGCCUGUACUUGGACACCAGGAAAUACUCCCGCCAAGACCACAGGACUGUCUCACCCAGGUGUGUGUGAGCCACUCAACAGUGAACUGUGUCGGGAGAAAAACACGUGGUUGGACUGUUCAGCUACCGGAAACGGAAACUGUCCGGCGUUUGAAGAGCCAGGGAUGCAGAACGUGACACUGAAGUUUCCAAGGACAGACGUCCCAUCCCACGUGACCAACUACUACUGUCAGAUAUUUGACCUACCUGACGGUGACUUUCACCUGGUAGGGACCCGCCCCAUCAUCGACAACCAGGAACUUACUCACCAUAUCCUCCUAUUUGGGUGUGACGAGCGAGAGGAAGAGGUACCAGCCACUUCUAAUGCUUUCAAGUGUGGUAUGUUGGCCCACCCGAAGUGUAUUAACAUCAUAGGGACCUGGACUGUAGGGAGUUCCGGGGACUGUCUUCACGCAAAUACCGGCUUCCGAAUCGGUAGGAGGGGGUUCCGAAGGGCAGCGAUGCAGAUUCACUGGAAUAAUCGGAGGCGACAAGAUGGCCACUCGGACAGUUCCGGCAUGGUUCUCUACUUCACGGACAGACGCCGAAAAUACGACGCCGCCAUGUUUGCCGUUGGGCAGGAAUUCAUCGAGAUUCCACCACGCCAACCGGAAGUUGACUUUCAUUCCUCUUGUUCUAGAGACUGUACGGGCGCCAUGUUCCCCACCCCGAUAUACAUCACCAGGGCGGUCAACCACAUGCACUAUAUGGGUAUAAAACAGAGAAUCACAUUGCACAGGAAUGGAACCAAGAUCAGGGACAUCACCUUUGAUAAUCCGUACAGAUACGAUAGCCCAGCAUUCUACAAGUACGACCCACCAAUCGAGGUGCGUCCAGGGGAUGAGAUCCGAACUACUUGCACAUAUUCAUCCAUUGACAAACAAAGGACGGUUUAUUUCGGCGACGGGACUACCGACGAGAUGUGCUUCGGUUUUAUGACUUAUUAUCCUAGACAAAAUAUCCCGAUGCCAUAUUGUACGACUUGGAAAACAGUAGAAAAAUGCAAGCGAUAUCUACCUCAGUUUGGCGGAGUUGUCAAUGACUGUCCAUGGAAAACAUUUCUAAGUUCAAAAAAUCCAGAUACUAGACGCAUUGUGGGAAAUGUGUUAAGUCUAUGCAGCAAUAUUAAUGGAUCACGUGACCGUCAAUGUUCCGACAGAUGUACGGAAACUGUCGAAGAAAGCCGAGAACAUGUGUGUUUACAAGGGGAUCUAGGAGAACUGCUUAUGUAUAAAAUACGCAUAAAAUAUCCAGAAGUUGUCAAUUAUCUUUCCAAGUGUAGACGAAUGGAAGAAACUAACGGCAGCAUAAAUAUAACGUCAUGGUCCCCUUUAUAUGUUUUAUUUAUUAUUGUUUCGUAUCAUUUGCAUACCUGGUUUUAAAAGGCAAUGGAUUUCAAUAAAAAAAA